CGAAUGGUUCAGUGGAAAAAAUUCAUCACAUGAUUUUUAUUUUCUUUUUGAAUUUCAAUAAAAAAGAAUUAUGUCUAAAUUAAAAUCAGCAAAAAAAGGUGUAGAAAAAGUAAUACAUAGUACACCGUUACGAAUAUGGAUUGGUGCAGGUGUUGCACAACCUGGACCGCCACUUGGACCACAACUUGGUCAGCGAGGAAUAAAUAUCGCUCAAUUUUGUAAAGAUUUUAAUGAAAGAACAAAAGAUAUCAAACCCGGUACACCACUUCCAUGUACCAUUUCGGUCAAGGCAGAUAGAAGUUAUGAUAUUCAAAUUCGGGUACCGCCAAUUAGUUAUUUCAUACGACAAGCCACCGGACAGGCACGAUUAGCAAUGGAUCCUAGCAAAGAAACUUCUGGUAUCUUGAGUUUGAAACAUAUUUACGAGAUCGCUCAAAUAAAGAGUAAAGAUCCGCUUUACGAUUGUGUACCGUUGAAGAAAAUCUGCGAGGAAAUUAUCGAAGAAGCGUUUGGUUGUGGUGUCAAAGUGGUCGACAGGAUUGAUGAACAAAAAUAUAUGGAAUUUAUGAAACAGAGACAAGAGACUGUCGCCAAACAAUUGAAAGAAUUGGAAGAUUUAAAACAAUCAAAACUUUUGCGUACUGCUUAAAAAAUUUUGUAAAUUUCUUUAGUGUAUUUCUUAUUUGAAUAAAUUUAUUGAUCUAUUUAG